ACACCACCAAGGCUGAUCUGCAGGAGACCUGUACCACCAUGGCUGACCUGGAGGAGACCACCUCCACCAAGACUGAUCUGGAGGAGACCCAUAUCACCCAGUCUGACCUGAACUCAAUCAUGAUGGAACUGAAAGAAAAGAUGCGAACGCUGCAGACAGAGAAGUUAGCGCUACAGCUGAGGGACAUGCAGCAUGACUGCAAUGUGAAAGAGAUGAAGGAGGAGUUCACUCAGGAGACCAAGGCUAUGCGGCAACAGAUCAUGGAUCUUGAGGCAGAAAAGGAGGAGUUGGUGUCGGAACACGACAAGACUUUGGAAGCAGUGGGGCAAAUGUUGGAGGAUUUAAACUCGACCAUGCACGAGAAGCUAUGGCAGGGGAAUGUAGCCUCACAUUUGCUGCAGGAGGAGCUGGAGGAGUGCAGGCAGCAGCUGCAGGGUGCGGAGACCGGUCAUAAGCGAGAGAUAGAGCAGCUCACCAGCGCCUACGAGUCCAGACUGGAGCAGCUCACCAGCUCCUACGAGUUCAGACUGGAGGAGCACCGGCACCAGCUUCAGCAGUGCAAGGACAAGGCGCGGCAGCAGAAGAUGGAGUACGAGCUCAUGAUGAAGAUGACGGCGGAGGAUGGUGACAAAGAGAUCAUGGCCAUACGAUGCAAGUACGAGGCCAAGUUAAAAAUCCUGAGGGACCUGAACGCCCAGUACAAGGAUGAAGCCUGGAUCAUGAAGGAACGGGUUGAGCGCCUGGAGGAAAACAAUAGUAAAAAGAAAAACAAGGAGAUUGAGAAACUUGAGGCAGAGGUGAAGAAGAACCUGAAUAUCAUUAGCAAUCUGGAAAAUGACGUCUUGGGCCUGAAACAACAGAUUAUGUUGAGGAAUGAAAACAUUGAGGAAAAAGAAAUUCUGAUUUCUGAAAUGAGGGAGAGGAACACUGGCCUGCAAAGCAUGAAAUUCAUUCUGGACAACCGCGUUAAAGAACUGACAACGCAGAUCGAUCCCAAAGAGGAAAUAAUCAAAGAGCUGAAGGAACAGAUAGGAAAGAUGGAGGAGGAACUGAUCGAGUCCAGCGAGCAAAAUUCCUGGAAGGAGAGAAGCAUCGCAGACCUCAAACUGAAGCUGAACGCCAAAGACAAGGAUAUGCGGAAAAAAAUGGAGAGGGCAUGCGAUACAAGUACUGUGGUGAAAAGAUUCAAGGCUGACCUCCUUAGCUGUGUGGGCUUCAUACAGGAUCCCAAGAGGCUGAAAGAAAGUGUGCUUCAGAUGCAUGCGCGGUACAUACGGCAGUCUGAUGAAGAUCUCCUGCGGCAGGACCUGGGCAAGCUGAGACACGGCCGCGAGGAGGUCGAUGUUGCCAGGAACAUGGUGAAGUCUCUCCAGAGGAAACUGGCCAAAGAGACUGAGUUCCACAGCACUCAAAGAUUCAAACUGAUACAAGAAAAUUCCACCUUGAUCAAAGAGCUCAACGAUUUCAUAAGAGCGCUGAAGGACUCUCAAGAUAAAGUCCACGAUUAUGAGAACCAGUUGUCAGUUUACAGGAGGAAGAAGCCAUCCAAUUCCUCUGGCACCAAAGAGUGCACUUAGUCCCCGCGUAGGACACGCAGUCCGGCGACCACACUCACCCCCGAGAAGGAAGCACAGAGGAUGAUUCACCGGCAGCGCGCUGAGAUCUAGUAAACAUUAAGACUCAGACAUCACGGGGGAAGACGAGUGCAAUGAAUAUAAACAGAACACCAGACAUGAAUAUGAAAAAUAAUAAACUACAAGAAUAAUGACAAUAAACAAUGAUAAACUAACACAGGACAGUGUAAAUGACGUUGUAUGAAUGAAUUACUUGUUCGUGAAUGACUUGGUGUAAACCGGAUGUUGAUACGGGAUGUUGUUUUCAUAUAAAGGCGGGUAGAGCGGAAAGCGUGGUAUACGGAGGUUGAGAGAGAGAGAGAGAGAGAGAGAGGGAAAGCUUACCGUUAUUAUUCUACAGCUGGUCAAGGGCGCACACGGUAAUUUAAACUUUUGUUGUACAUCACAUCAUCAUAAUCCCUUUAUUUGUUAUGUAAAUGAAGCGAAAUCGUGUGUGGUGUGAAACUUUUAUGCUGUAUGUUAACGUUUGUAAAUGCUUACUUUGAGAUGCAUGAGCUAGCUAGUUGUAGACUACUAGCGCACGUUCUUUCAGCUCGUAGGCUACUCACUAUAAAAUGAAUAUGCUAUUGAGCUAUUAUUGAAAAUAUGCAUUGAAAUGAUGUACUUUUGUCUCUUAGUUUUCACGUUGUUCCAACUGAGUUCAAAGAAGAAUAAAUGCUCAAGAAAACAUCA